AUGCAAGUUAUUCAAUUUACUAAAUAAAAACUGCAAAAACCAUUAAAUUUGUUGAUUGGAAUAACCUAUCAAGCCCAAUAAACCUUUCCAGAGGAUAAUUUAUGCAAAGUUCCAAGAUCUGUAUGUAUGAUUGCAAAUACAACUGCUUUGUCUCAAAUCUUUUCAAAUUUAAGUCAUAAAUAUGAUUAAAUGUUUUCAAAAAGGGCCUUUGUGCACUGGUACGUAAAAGAAGGUAUGGAGGAAGGACAAUUCAUAGAAGCAAGAGAAGCAUUAGCAAGUUUAUAAAAAGAUUAUGAGGAUUAAUAUUCAUAUAUACAUGAAGAAAAUUAAGAAGAAAAUGCACCAGUCUGA